GUGGUGAGAAACUUGGACUUCUGGAUGCUAAUUUCUCUCUCCUAAUGAUGACUCUCCUGCACACUGUCCUUGCUCUGGUCCUCAGCUGGACAGGUCUCUCUUCAGUCCUGUACAUUUUCAGUACUGGACUGUUUACUGUGGUUGCACUUUGGACUGCGAGGCUGCUGCUGCGGCACGCCUGGUACACUCACAAGUUGUCCUGUUUCAGCAAACCACAGACACGUUCAUGGCUGUUGGGCCAUCUUGGGAAGAUGCAGAGCACAGAAGAAGGUCUUCAGCGGGUGGAUGACCUGGUGCAGACGUACAAACACUCCUGCUGCUGGUUCCUCGGUCCUUUCUAUCAUCUGGUCAGACUCUUCCACCCUGACUACGUCAAACCUCUGCUUAUGGCACCUGCCAGCAUCACAGUGAAAGAUGAACUCAUUUAUCACAAUCUACAGCCAUGGCUGGGAAACAGUGUGUUGAUCAGUAACGGAGAGGUGUGGUCUCGCAAGAGGCGGCUGCUCACUCCAGCUUUUCAUUUUGAUAUUUUGAAGAGCUACAUUGCCGUUUUUAACUCCUCAGCUAAAACCAUGCAUGACAAGUGGUGCCGACUUGUAGCAGAAGGCAAAACUAAUCUGGAGAUGUUUGACCACGUCACUCUGAUGACUCUGGACAGUUUACUGAAAUGUGCCUUCAGCUACGACAGCAACUGUCAGCAGUCUUCCAGUGAGUACGUGUCAGCCAUAGUGGAGCUCAGUGACCUGAUAAUAGAGCGUAGAGAAAAAAAUAUUUUACACCACUGGGACUGGAUUUACUGGAAGACUCGGCAGGGGGAACGAUUCAAACAAGCCUUAAACACAGUACACAGGUUCACUAGGGAUGUGGUUGAGAAGCGCCGCACCCUCCUUAACCAACAGAGGGAGACAGAAGCACAAUCUGAAAUUGCUCCAACAGCCCAGAAGAGGAAAGAUUUUGUAGACAUCCUGUUGUUGACAAAGGAUGAAGAUGGGCAAGGACUAACGGACGAGGAAAUGCAGGCUGAGGCCAACACUUUCAUGUUUGCAGGUCAUGACACAACAGCCAGUGCCAUCUGCUGGACGCUUUAUAAUUUAGCACGCCAUGAACACUAUCAGGAAAAAUGCAGACAGGAAGUGAUGGACCUGAUAGAGGGACGAGAUGGACAAGAAAUCCAGUGGGAGGAUCUGUCCAACCUUCCCUUCACCACCAUGUGCAUCAAAGAGAGCCUCAGACUCCACUCUCCUGUGCAGGCUGUAACACGGAGUUACACCCAGGACAUGGUGCUGCCAGGAAAUCGCACAGUCCCAGCAGGUACAAUCUGCUUGGUAAGCAUUUAUGGAACACACCAUAACCCCACUGUUUGGACAAACCCACAUGAAUAUGAUCCCCAGCGAUUUGACCCAAGCAACAAAAAGAGCCAAACCUCUCAUGCCUUCAUCCCCUUCUCCUCAGGCCCCAGGAACUGCAUUGGUCAGAAAUUCGCCAUGGUGGAGCUCCGUGUUGUUGUGGCGUUGACCCUGCUCAGGUUUCGACUGACCCCAGGAGUGAAUCCUGAACUCGGGAGCAGCAGAGUUCGCCGUCUCCCCCAACUCGUCCUGCGUGCGGAGGGAGGCCUGUGGCUGCAGCUGGAGCCUCUGAACACACCCACAUAGCAGGAGCAGUCAGAUGAAUGAGCCAAUAAGAUGAUAUAGUAACUUGUGUUUUUGAGAAAAGAGUAAAGAAAAGAUCAGCCAGGAAGUGAAACUUAAUGCAGUAUCUACGUCGAUGCCCACUGACAAACGUUAUCUAUCUGCAGUAACUUUUUGGUGUAUUUAUCUAAUAUAGGCAAAUGCAAUAAUAACCAUGCAACUCUUUAAUGUACCUCUCAGACCGUAAUUAGCAGUUUGGUUUUGAGGUUUCAUACAUUAAUAUAAGGGCUAAAAUCUUCUUGUCAGAAAUCGACAUUUAACUGGGCAAAUAAAAAAAUUAUCUUCUUUAACAUAAAAAGAAACAUAGCAUUCACAAUUUUGUUUCCUUUCUUACAUUUUGGUGGCACAGUUGAUCUGUCAUAACUUCGAUAUACUGCAGCUCUAUAUUUAAGUACUGUUAAGAAAAAAAAUAAGUGAAUUUCAAAAAAACCUUUUUUUAGAUAUAAAUAUACGGCUUUAUAGCUUUAACUUUUACCUGCAAUAUUUUUACAUGUGUAAAAAUGAUUACAUUUUAACUAUUAAUAUGAUGAAAUGUUCCUACAGCACAACUGAUCAACCUUAGAGUUGCAGAAAAGUACUGUUAUUAUAAUGUAAUUGUAUGUCAAUUCUCUUACAUGGCAGUCUUAUUUAAUCAUAAAAAUUACAUACCACCCUUAAAAGUCAAAAUGCUCUUAAAUACUGUAAAACUAGCAUCUGGGUUUGUAAUUAUAACAAUCUACUGUUCAUUGUUGAUUCUAUCAACUGUUAUUGAUAUAAUUUAUUAUUUAUAACUUUAUGUAAGAAAUCGUGGUAUUUAAUAAAAAAAAUUUUUAAAAAUAAGUUAUUCCAACCUACAAAGUUUAAAAUGACGUUUUAUUUAAAAAAUUAAAAAAUGUUAAUGUUAUUAAAUGUUAUUGGUAUUGUAAUCACAUGCACAUGUAAUUACAUUGCUAACUACAAAUCUUAUCAAAUCAGACUGGAUUCCAUAUAAACACUGAAAGUUACAUUUAAUAUUAGCUUUGGUUUGUUUGAUACUAUCAUAACAGUGCAGUAAUACGGCAUAGCAUUUUGAUUUUUAUAUAAACAUUUACCUACUUAAACAUUAUAGAGUUAUGAAAUUCAGUUUUCCAAUGACAGCUUUUAAACACACUUCCUGUGUCUCAACAUUUAAUCCUUUUUUUUAAUCCUGUUUGUCAUCCUUCACCAGGUACAAACUAUAAAUGGCCUGUUUCCUUCCUCCAAAUUUUUUCCUUAUUGCUGCCUAUUGGAUGAAACUUUUCAAUUUCCAAUCACAUCAUUUCAGAUCUUGUCGAGGUUGCGCGGCAGAGUACCAGCACUAACACUGCUUCUGUUAAGAACUAAGAUACAAAAUGUUUUGACUGAUUGGUGGCACAAUUUUCUCAAUAUAACCCUUUCACUUCUGAUAUUUUUCAAUAAAAAAAAGUACAAAAAUAUUGAUAUUUUUAGUGUUACAUAACUGAUAGUACUUUAAUUAUAUGAAAUUUCAAUAGCCAUCUGUAAAAUAAUAUUAUGAUUGAUUGCAUUUUAAUAAUGCAAACCUGUAAUUUACAUGCAAUUGUUCAUACUCAUUACAUUUGUAUCUAUAUAUAAUCUGUAUACAAUAUACAUUUCUGAAUCUGGCAACUACUGGACAGUAAUUAUAGUUUUCAAAGAUAAUUAUAUCUGCAAAAUUCUGCAAAGAUGUAACAGAAGAAAAAUGUAAAAUUACAGAUUUUUUUUUUACAGCGUAUACAAGAACUCUAUAAGAAUUUUGUUUGCGUUUUGUUGAUGUGCUGUAAAAAAAACAAAAACAGUUUUGCUCUAGCACAGGUUACAAAAAUGCCCAGAACACAAUACUCCCAGUCCUCCCAGUUCCAGUUUUGUUUUUGGUUUGUGUCCAGAUAAAUUGACAAUGUGAAAAAUGCAAGCAUGUAUUCUGCUUCAAAAUGUAUUCAUAGCUGUAAAUCCAAUAAAUCAAAAGACAAACAAA